UGUCCCAGAAUGCCUCGCGGUUGUGGCCAUGCUUGGCACUUCGGGCUUCCUAGGCCGCUGGGCCCGGUCUCCGAUCACUUCUCCUUCUUUACCACUGUUGCUGCAGCCCUCACGGGGUCGUAAGAGUCGCCAUGACCCGCCCGCCAAAUCCAAGAUCGGGCGCCUACGAACUCCGACCCCCGUAGAUCCCGUCGAGAUGUACAUGCUAAUGGAGCGUUAUAAGAGUUAUAGACAGACUGUGCGAGCGCUCAGGCUUGAGUUCACAGAAGAGGUGCGGAGAAAAGCUUAUGAGGAGAAAUUUGGGAACCUGAAUGCUAUCCAAGAUUUGGAGGAACAUAAGCAGCUCAUGGCCUGGAACCAAGCAGAGAAUGCUCGGCUACAGGCACUCAGGAUCUCCAGGCUUCAGCAGCAGGAGCAGGAGCAGGAGCGGCUGCAGGCACUGGAGGAGAAGCAGAAGGCUGAGGAAAUGGAAGCUUUUCUCCAGGAGAAGGAGAGAGAAGUUCUAAAGUUGCAGGAAGAUGUGAAGACAUUCAUCACUCAGGAUAACUUAGAGGAGAAGAUUGAAGAAGCCCUUAACAAUCCUCAGAACUACAAUUGGGCCCUUACCAAGGAGGGCCAUGUGAUUCGACCACCCAGUGGUACUUAGGACUGCCAGGGUCACUGCGGGAUGGAGGCCUUGAUCUCCACUGGGAGGACCUCCUCAUCUGUGUGCAGUGGGAGCUGUCCCCCCCACCUAGCCGCUCCAGGCUUUAGCCAGCCUCAUUGCUCCUGAUAAAUACAGAAUAAGCAGAUGCAGAAUAAAAGGAUGAUGCCUCUCUUGGAAGGCUCCUGA